GCCUCAUUCGCCGUCUUUUACUUUCCCUCUCUCACGUCGUCGGGAUCCACCAAACACCCCAAUAUUGACUCCUCCCCUCUCCACUCAAAAAUAAGAGACCUGGAAGAGCAACUUGAACUCCUUUCCUUGGGUGUGUCUUCCCUAAGAAAUAUGACCCGUGACGGGAACAUGACGAGUCGGUUCUCCCUGUUGGAGUCCGUGGUGGGGCAGUACGCGACGAAGGUGGACGCAUUGGGGGACCAAAUACAGCGUCUCGUCUCCGCGAACGAGGCACUCGUCCUCGAAAUGGGGAGACUAAAGAUGGAUGUGUCGUCGAUGAGUGAAGUGAGGGAGGUGGUGAGGGCGGCCAUCGAGAAGUACGACAGUGACAAGACAGGACGGAAGGACUAUGCCCUACAUUCCGCGGGGGGGCACAUUCUCUCGUCCUCGAAGCCCUACUCGGACUACUACGAGGCAUACUCCUUCUUCGGAUCCCCUCCGUCAAGAAGUACUCCGACCCCACCUCCUGACACUCUCCCUGGCAAUUGCUGGGCCAUGGACGGGAGUGGAGGGUUCAUCGUGAUAGGACUGGCCAGGACUGUCCAAUUCAGAGCAUUCAGCGUAGAACACGCCUCUCCGUUGCUGACCACAAGGGAGGAACGGACGUCUGCCCCCCGGGAGUUGAGUGUGUUCACUCUGACCACCCCGACAGACGACAGUCCUCGGUGGGUGGGGGACUUUGCUUAUGACUUGGAUUCGAGUGUGAUCCAGACAUUCGACUUGGAUGUGAGUGAGUGUUGUGACUGUAGGGGGUGUUCGAGACCAACAUUGUCAUGUUCCGGUUCUCCUCCAACCAGGGGAAUGACAAAUACACGUGCAUAUAUCGAAUCAGGGUGUACGACUAGUUAGUUGACUAUUCGCUUAUAAAUUUAUUGGGAAGCAUAACGAGCAUAACUAAAUAUCAAACAAGUCCAGACUUUUCUCGAGUCGGACUCUACAAUCACAGACCAGACUACCUUUCAUCAGACACCACCUUCAGUUGGAUAGCCAACUCACUCUCGGGCAUAGCUGACGAGGUGAGAGCCUUUCUACGUUCAAUGAGAGGAGCAAACAA